AUGCCAAACUCAAAGACAUUCUUGGAGAAACGUUACAAUGAUGAUUUGGAAUUGGAAGAUGCUGUCCAAACAGCUCUUAUUACAUUAAAAGAAGGAUUUGAAACUCAAAUGACAGAAUCAAAUAUGGAACUUGCUAUGAUUGGUGCUGAUAAGAAAUUCAAAAUUCUUACUUCAUCUCAAAUUGGUGAUUACCUUCAAAACUUGUAA